AAAGUGUUACAAUUGUGCCGCUGCUUAUGUAGUAUUCUAAGUAGGUGCAAGGCCUGGUGACAUUAGAAAAUAAAAUGGUAGCCGGUUGUGUGACAGUUGACUUAGCCACUUAGCCUAAUAUUAGAAAUAAUGUAGACUAAAACUAUAGAAUCUGCUAAAACUGUAACCAAAGAAUUAUUUGACAAUGUCAUAAUCCUCUCGAGUCAACGGACUGUCCACCGACAGAGCGCUCUGUCGUGCUGCAAAAACGUCACAAAUAAAAUAUCAUUUUACGUCAUAAUCGUUUGCUCAUUAUUUAACGCACGCGAAUAGUCUACUCAAAUCACUUUUGAGCCUACAGAACAGCAAUCAGUUAUCUUGCUUAUGUAGUAGGCUACUGGAGAACUUAUGGGAGAUAGCGGACCGCCUCAGAAGAGGGGUUCACUCCCUCCCAGAAAGGACCCACGCCCAGUGCAAUAUAUGGAAGUCUUCAGCACGGAGGAUUUUAGCCUUAUAAAGCACGUACGGAAAUCACGCUUCCCACGGAUAUCCUCCGCUGAGAAGCAAAAUGCACGGAAAAAUAACAUAAUUGAAUUUAAAGGGCGCCCAGCUGAUGUUCUUCGACUGCAUUUGAAUUCUCCAAGCCCAGAGCCCAUUGUCUUCCCCCCUAUAUAUGGGCAAACCUUGGACACUUGGCUGGCACCUGCGCUGAAGAAUGAUGAGCAAGGCCAGGCUCCACUUGAGAUGGAAACUGAUGACCCUCUUUUAAAACAAUCACUGCCAGCUAACAGCGCAAGCAUUGAUCAGCCUGAGGAGAUUGUAGCAUCAGGAGCUGUGAAGAGAACCAGAGGCCUGCAGCCUCCUGUCCUCCCCAACCCUGACUUCUUCAAGCUGUCAGCAAAGACCAGGACCAGGUGGCCCCAGCCGCCACCAAAGAUGUCCAGUGUCUCCACACCUUCUCAACAGCCACCCUUGCUGGAGCGGCGCGCAGAGAUGCAGCGACGCGCAGAGAUGCAGCGCCAUGCAGGCGUAGAGCGAGUCUGUGCACCCGCUCCCCCCUCUCAGCACCACUCCGGAGCAGAGAUGCAGCGCGCAGAGAUGCAGCGUCGCGCAGAGAUGCAGCGCCAUGCAGACGUAGAGCAAGUCUGUGCACCCGUUCCUCCCUCUCAACACCCCGGAACUGCCCGGAGGCGGGGGCGUCGGUGUGCCAGGCUAGUGGGUGCUGAAGAUCUCCAGCCACAAGAGUUCCCCAAGAUUAGCAUCUGUACUCCGACUGCCCCCAGUACCCCCCGGCCUAACACCCCCUACAUGGAAACCGGACUCCCCGUUCGAGGUCACCGCUUCAUCAAGCGGUGAUCUCCAGGGACUCCACACUCCACCCCCCCCCCCAGCCCCAUCCUACCCCACC